AUGGUGAUUUCUAGCCUCGGUGGUUUUCGUGCUACAGUACUGCGCGCUACACCUGCAGGUGACACGAUAAUCAAGGAGGGCGAUGACGACCGGAGCCUGUUCAAGUUUUACAUCGUGGAGGAGGGGGAGGCCAGGGCGUACGUGCACGAGGACGGGGAAGACGUGCUCAUGAGCCAUCUGCACCCGGGUGACCAUUUUGGGGAGAAGGCCCUGGUCGAAAAAACACCCCGGACGGCUACCGUGAAAGCCCACGGUCCCCUCAAGUGCGCCGCUCUCAGCAUCGCAGGUUUUGAGCGGCUCAUGAGAGGUAUCGUCGCCUAUCUUGUUUCUCAAUCUCUGAUCCUGGUGUCGGCCUUCCACGGUUCGUCCUUGACAACGAAACAGGGCCCUUGCGAAGACAUCCUCACCACCGCUUACAACAAUCCCGCGGAUGUAAAGACCGGAAGGCAAACUCCUAGGGGAGGGGCUUGACAUCCUUGCACGGCCUUCCUCCUAUAGCCAACCCCUCUAGGCACCACAAGCCUUCUCCACCUCUGCUUGGAGAGACCACUUCAAACGGCUUGCGUGUUGGGGAGUUUCAGUCGCGGCGUGGGUUGGUGGAUGUGCGCCGAAGUGGCGACGAGUUCUGGAUACUUUUCUCGCCUGGAUGGAGGGUUACUCGCACCCAAUGCAACGUUGAGAGACACCGGGCUGUUUACGGGUUUUGAUGGCGCCAAGAGGUCUGGAGCUCGGAGGAGGAGUGGCGAGACCUCCGUCGUAGUGUAGUGCGUGGCAACACACUAAUGUAUACGCUAGGAUACAUACGUGUUACCAUGAAGUAGUUGAGCGGACUCCCACACCGGAUAGGGAUGGUCAUUGUUUCGGUGUGGCGGAUGAACGAGCGGUACUUGUGUAAAAAGUAAACAGCGAGUAGUCUACUCCGUGUGAUGGAGUGGGAGAA